AGUUUACUUCUGCUUGUCACAAAAAAUGACAGCUGAAAAUUUGCAAUGAAAUGCUGAUAUCAAUCGUUACAAGAAAAUGAUGAUGCCGAUCAACGCAGUUGGAGGACCUAGUGCCGCAGAAGUGAUUCAACAAGCAUUUAAUCCAGCUAUUGCCGUUCUAGCCUCACCCGAUGUUGAUGUAGUAUGCAGCAAAAACCGACUUACGUUCGUGGAACUUCUGCAGCCGUUUAGUCGACUCUCUGUCGAAGGCCAAAUAAGAGAUGUGAAUCAGGCCCUGCACUCUGUUACCCACUUCAGGUUAAGUGUCAGAGACAUUACAUGGAGACCUGCCUCUUCAGUUUUGGCGAGGCGUUUGCUUUCAGAAGCUGUUACCAAUUUUCCAGUCAAUGAAAACAAGGUUGCUGUCAUUGGAGGUGCAGACCCUAUUGAGAUAAACCCUCAUACACCAUGGUAUGACUCAUGGAGAGAAACACUGUGGAGUUGUUUAGAUAUGACUGACCAUGAUUUUGCUCGGCACUACCUGGCUACACUACUUGUUGUAUCCUCUUCUCAUCCUAAUCCCUUGGAACAGUUUCAGCAACUAAAUGACCAGCUCACACAGUUAAUGUCAAGCAAUGGUACAGCUGAUGGACCUAGGUGGUUCAACAUGAUGUCUUUACGCUAUCACGUUCUUGUCCAUGAUGCGUGCGAUGGAGAUGCGUUUAAAGCAGAGGAAUUGUUGCAAACUAUGAGAAAUGCUUAUGGAUCCCAUGGCUGCCAACUGUUAGUAAUUAACUCGAAACCGAAGAAAGGAUCAAUAAUAGAAUCAGGACUACCAGCACCCGACCCUUGGCUUCGAUUUCUUCCAAGAAAAGCCAGCAAAUUGGACGUUUCUACUGAGGGAGAAUCGACCGUAGAUGGAGUAGAGACGGGAGAAAUGGAUUUUCCAGUGAAAGUCGUGGAAGGAACAAAUCCACAGUCGUUGGGUUCUCUACCUAAAAUACCGCUAAUGGAUGCACUGCAAGAAGCCAUGCAAGAAAUCAACAUAAAUUCCGUUUUAGCUCCUUCUGCGUCGACUUCGGCCCUCUCUUCGCUGACUCGAGAUGACAAAAUAAGUACUCAAAACAACCUAGGGUUGAGCCAGAGAAGUGCCGUGGAGAUCAAAGAUGACCCUCUCAAUGCCGUACUUGGGAGUACGGCUACGCGCGUUUCGUUGGAUGAAGCAGAUGGAACCGGUCCCAUUCUCGCUUCAAGUAUUACCAGCGAGCUUCAUGGCGGAUGCCUUACAACAGAAGAUUUGGAUCGCAUCCAGAGCUUAAUCAACGAUUUUUGUCUUAAAAGUCUUCUUCCUCACAUAGAACGACAAAUGAGACUGCUAAACGAAUCUGCUUCAUCACGGAAAAGUACUCAUCGAUCGUUGCUAAGUGCCACCAAACGCUGGUUCGGUAGUAAUCGACCUGGCGGUGUUCAGACACCCCAAACUGUAGCUGUGAGCUACCAUCCUGAAUCAGUUCAGCUGCAGGUUCGUCGCUUAGGUGAUUUGGCGUUUCUUGUAGGGCACUACGAUUUGGCCUACCAUUCCUACCAUUCGGCCAAAAAGGAUUUUGAAGCAGAUCAAGCUUGGCUCCAUUACGCUGGGGCUAUGGAAAUGGCUGCUCUCUCCGUGUUUUUACAAAAUGGCCAAAGUCGGAACGUCCCUUUUCAUUAUUUUGACAAGUCGUUGACUACAUAUCUACAGACUUGCAAAAUGCCAUAUUGGGCAACGCGCUGUGCAGUGUUGGCUUCCGAGUGCCUUAAAGCUACUAAUCAGUAUAGUGACGCUGCACUGCAACUAAUUCGACUAACCAGUGAAGACGCUGACUUACGAAGUGCCAUCUUGCUUGAACAGGCUGCCCUUUGUUUUCUUCGGUCUGCCGUCAAGCCCAACUCCUCAGCGGAUGCAGCGAAGCCUAACAUGGUACCACUAAUUCGGAAAUACGCCUUCCACAUGAUACUUGCCGGUCACCGGUUCGGCAAAUCUGGACAGAAACGCCAUGCUGCUCGCGCUUAUCAGCUUGCCUUGCAAGUGUACAAAGGGCAUGGAUGGAGCCUAGCUGAAGAUCACAUACACUACACAGUAGGACGCCAGUGUCUGAAUAGGCAACAAAUUGAAGCAGCUUGUCAUGCAUUGGCUGCUCUUUUGAAACCAGAUUCUAUGCAAACUGCUGCCCAACAAACGGCCUAUCUUAAUGAAUUUAUCCACGUGCAUCAGUUACUAAACAAACACCGAGAGAGCGAAACCAAUACAUCGUAUACUCUUCCCAUAUUGCCUCUGCCUGUGAUCGAUAGCAACCAGAUCAGAGUAUUAGUUGACACAAAAGAACCUACGGAAAAUAUGUUUCCACCUGUGUCGGAAGCCACGCACGUCACCUUCAACGACGACGAAGUUCAUCAUGCAAAGUGGACGAAUAUGGAGGAGAAACUGGUGAAUUCGGCAUUUGGCACAACGCAUGCUGUCUUCCGACCUACCAAUCUUAUUUUUUCUCAUACGACCAACAAUAUGGUUCAUCCACAAACGAAUUGUGAUGACCUCGUUAGUUUUGAACUACCACUGACCAACCCUUUGCGCAUCCCUGUCCAGUUGUGCGACGUUCGUCUAGUGUGGAAUUUCGCGGGAGGUGAUGGUAACCUAUCAAAUCUACUCACGGCGACCGAGAAUCCCUUGGUGACCACUUACAUCUUACCUAGGAUCGUGCUGAAUCCUUCUUCUUCCCAUAAGAUAAUCUUGAACGUGAAACCCAAAGCCGAGGGAAUAUUGACUAUCGAAGGAGUCGCUUUCGAUCUUCGACCGGUCAAUGUUGAACCGUCUGCAGCGGUAGUUGGAUUAGUGUCAUCUGUGCCAGGUCGGGUAAUGUUUAGUUUACGAGGGCCAAGGUUGAAUACGACACAACAAGAGCGUCAAGGCAAAGUAUAUGCUACCGACAAACGACUCUCAAUACAAGUCGGGCCCCGCAUGCCUAAAUUGCAAGUGCUAUUCCGCUCGCUACCGGAAUUUAUGUUUAGCGGUGAAAUCCGACCGGUCGUGGUUGAACUUUCCAAUCUUUGUCCUAACAUACCCAUUUCCAAUAUUAUGAUUGCUUCUAAUGAUCCUUUGCACGUCGCUUUCGACGUACCACGCAUUGACAACAUCAAUAUUCGCCACGAUCAAGUUGCGCUCUACCGCUGGGAUCCUUCUCAAAAGUCAACUACCAUAUGGUUGAAAGGAACGGAAAACGUCGGAUUGACGUCAUUGGAUCUCAUGUUUUUCUCCACUAAUCCAGCCGUAAAAGCCAGAAGAUACCGGCUUCUUCGCCAUUGUUCAAAAAUUUUCGUCUCGUCGUCUUUAAGCCUGGCUGCUUGGGUUCAAAGAGUUCCUAGUGGAGAGGAUCGCACCGAGACUUUAGCUGCGCAACUCCAAGUUCGGAAUCUUAGAGAUGCGGAUGACACAUCCCUCAGUGGAAUUGAGAUUUCUCAGGUGGCUCUUCUUAGCAACCGCUGGCUGUUGCGUCCUCAGCAGUCAACAAUUCCGGGUGGAGUCCUUCAUCCUCAGGAAAGUCUCAUUGGUGUACUGUUGGCUAUUCGUGGAAAGGAAAAUAUAGAGUAUUGUGAAAGCGCUACACUAAAACUACCAAGCCAUGGACGAGCUGUCGAUUUCAAACAGGGACCUUACAGAACAUUUGUCAGAGAAUUUCAGAGGGAUACGCCAAAUACAACUUUGGUUGUCUGCUGGACGGCUACACAGGCUUCUGAAGAUGGAUUUGGUACUCUAAUCAUAGAAGGUCAACAUUACUUUGGGUGGAAUUCACAUGAUAUAGCCAACUCAAGUUCACCAGACACUAGCUUUAAGCUACCACAGCAGUUGGUUUCAUACUCAAUGGAAUAUUCACCAAAGGUGUAUCACGAUUUCAACAAGCAAAGGUUGUGUGUAAUACCAGUCAUUCUUUAUCUUUACAACUGCUGUCAGAAAGAAAUUGAUGUUUCUUAUUCUGCCAAUUUCAAUAUAGGGAAAACUCCACGCGCUUCUCAAUUGUACAUGCCUGAAGCAGCUUCACCACUAUUAUGGAUAGGUCGUGUGCAAGGGAAUAUUCAUGUGAGAGAUACACCGGAAGCGGUUCACUUAGCUAUAGCAGUUUCAAGACCUGGUGCCUAUAGUCUAGUUCAAGGGUUACACAUAGAUGGAAGAAUAUUGGAUCAAAAUGUUAAAGUUCCAAGUUCAAAAAUUGAGUAUACAUUGGUUGUUUAUGACAAGGAGGUUUGAUAUUGUAUGAUGUAGGUGAAAAAUAAACUUGUUCAGAUUUUAA